AUGCCUCCAAGAAAGAAGACCAGAAGCAACAACAUAACUUCCCAGGAUGGGCCAAGCCAUGCUGACUCAGAGUCAAGGCAACAUGCCUCUUCUAGAGAAGAAGAACGUGCAAGUGAGGGAACUUUUACCCUCACAGAUCUUGUUGCAGCCAUUCGUGCUAUGGGUGAGACCCAAAGGGAGAUGGCAGAGAUGAUAAAAGAACUCAAAAAUUCGGCUCCAAAGCCAAGUGAAGUGAAUGAGAAGCACCCACAAGAGGAAUCUGCUGCUGCCGGAAAGGAGUCUGAGCAGAAGGGACCAUCUUUUGUCACUCAGGAGGACGUUGUUGCCAUGCUGGAAAAGGAGCUGAGCCGAAGUCAGGAAGAUUGGAAGUAUCUUCCUCAGCCGCCGUAUCCGUCAAGCUUACUCCAGCAGCCAUAUCCUAAAGGCUAUGAAGCACCGACCUUUGUCCUCUUUGAUGGACGAAAGGGGAGCCCGAAGGAGCAUGUCAAUCGCUUCAUUGAUGCCUUGGGACCGUAUGCUGGUGAUCAUAAUCUUCGACUUAGAGAAUUUUCAAAGAGUCUCACCGAUCGUGCUUACACAUGGUAUACAACGUUGGCACCAAGCUCUAUUCAUUCUUGGGAAAGUCUGGCAAGCAGGUUCCGGGACCUGGCAUUGGAUUGCUAUGAUGAGAAAGACGAGGAGGCGCUUGUUGAAAUUUGCAUCAGCAAUAUCGUGGCAGAUUAUAGAGUGUAUUUGGAGAAUAUUGGCAUUAGUCAAUUUUCUUGGCUGCUGGAAGCUGUGAGGAAGACGAGCAUGUCUGUCAAGCCACCAGGACAAAGGACUUGGAGGAAUGAGAAGAAGGAAGUGCAUCAGACAUUAGCAAUAGAUGACAAGCCAUCCAACGACUACAAUUCACGCAAACGGAAGGAUAGAGAGACGUAUCCACCACUACCAUGCAAAGAUGAAGAAUUUCAUGAUAUCCUUGACACAAUGAUUGCUGAUGGCAUAAUCAAACCUGUCACACCCUACAAGGUGCCUACUCGAGAGGAAAAGAAUGAUCCUAGGGGAAAGGAGGUAGCCGCUGUCAUUACAUGUUCUGAUGAUUUGCUUGAUGAUGAUGAAUUGUGCCACCCUUGGAGGAAUAACCCAAAGCCGCCGGAAGCCAUAUGGGAACCUUGCGGAAACAUGGAAAAGGCAUAUUGGUGUAAAUAUUCGAGGCCUUCAAGUUACAACACACCAUGGCCACUCGUUGAUGGAUGGGGUGACAACUCAGGCAGCGAAAUUUUUGUUUUGGACAUGCCAGAAGAACGCUACUCGGGGGCUUUAUCGGAGCAGCAGGAAGCAGCUGCCGUGACAUUUCAUAAUAUCACGGAAGCUGAAACAAGUGUGAUGGAACGUUAUUUAAGCAUGAAACAGGGGCCCACAGCUUCACAGGUCCUUCAAAGAAACCCAAAGUUCAAAUCACUCUUUGACCAACUUGGCUUCGGGCCUCAAGCAAGAGAAGCAGCUGCUGUAGCCUGA